UAAUUUUUUGAACUUCGAAGGACGAGUUGUGUGAAAAGGUGCUUUGGAUUGUAGUGAUCCAUUCCGCAGCAUCAUGCCGCGGGUUAAGAAACCCCCCGUUGUCGUGACGGUGUCAGAUGAUAGUUCGGACUCAGAAGAUUUCGACCCCGAUGACGAGAGUGUUCCCGGAGGGGGAGUCUCGCUUAGUGACCUCCAAAGGCGGAGUUCCGAUUCCGAAGUACAAGUACUGGAAAACGUCAACCCCAACCCCGCACCCGCUCCUAAAAUGCUGCCGCGUCUACCCGAUCCUUCAUUCAUUCGACCUCAAAUGCAGCCGAAUCAGAAUAACGCUAUGGAUCCGUCGAGCAUCGAAAUCCUGAAGAACUUAUUGGGUAUGCAGCAGAGAUUUGGGUUCAACCCAAAUAGCCCGUUCGUGUCGCAGCUGCAAGGAAUGGGAGUUGGACUUCCUCCCCAACCGCCAAUGAUGCCUCUGCAAAUGAUGGGUGGAUUGAUGCAGGGUAUGCCUAUGAUGAACGGAUUCCAACAGCCAUUCCCAAAUUAUUCUAUGGGCAUGCUGAGGCCUCCGAUGGCUGGUCCAGAGAUGGACGAAACUGAAGAUGACGCCGGAGAAGAAGAGUUGGGUCUACAAGACACGUUUUCCGAUUACAUGCCACGGAAAUUGAAAAUUGGAAAGAAGCAUCCAGAUCAUAUCGUUGAAACUGCAUCAUUGUCAAGUGUUGAGCCUUCAGAUAUUUGGUAUAACCUGCAUCUACCGGAAAAAUUAAUUGAAAAUGGACUUCUCUCUGCCUUGCAACUGGAGGCUGUUGUAUAUUCUACGCAACAGCACGAAAAAUAUCUUUCCGAUGGAUGCCGUGCUGGAUUUCUCAUUGGUGAUGGUGCCGGUGUCGGAAAAGGUCGAACUAUCGCCGGUAUAAUCUUCGAAAAUUGGAUCAAUGGAAGGAAGAAGGCGUUGUGGGUUUCGGUUUCGUCUGACCUGAAAUACGAUUCUGAACGUGAUCUCAAGGACAUCGGCGCUGCGAACAUUCCAGUUUCUAACCUUAGCAAAAUGAAAUACGCCAAAAUUAACGGGAAGGACAACGGAUUCUUCCGUGAAGGCGUUUUGUACUCGACUUAUUCGUCUCUAAUCGGUGAAUCUCAAAGCAGCGGGAAAUUCAACUCGAGAUUCAAGCAAAUUGUCGACUGGUUUGGGAAAGAUUGUGAUGGUGUGAUUGUAUUUGAUGAGUGUCAUAGGGCGAAGAACCUCGUUCCUGUUGGCUCAGCAAAGCCAACGAAGACGGGACAAACGGUGCUGAAGUUGCAGGAGACUCUGAAGAAUGCUAGAGUUGUUUACGCUUCCGCAACUGGAGCGUCUGAGCCAAAAAACAUGGCUUACAUGGUUCGACUUGGUCUGUGGGGUGGUGGAACUCCAUUUAAACAAUGCGGAGAAUUCAUUUCGUCUGUUGAGAAAAGAGGUAUUGGUGCGAUGGAAAUUGUGGCUAUGGAUAUGAAGCUUCGUGGGACUUAUAUUGCACGCCAAUUGAGCUUCCAUGGCGUCACAUUCCGAAUUGAAAACGUCGAGCUUUCGAAGAAAUUUAUUGAAGUGUAUAACGAAGCUGUCAAUUUGUGGGUCUUUGCUCGGGAAAAAUUCGAAGAAGCUGCGUGUUUGAUCGACGCCGACAAAUCAAUGAAGAAGACCAUGUGGGGUCAGUUUUGGGGUUCGCAUCAAAGGUUUUUCAAGUACCUCUGCAUUGGUUCUAAAGUUUCUUUCACUGUUGAUCUGGCACGAGAAGCUAUCAAGAUGGGUAAAUGUGUGGUAAUUGGCUUGCAAAGCACUGGUGAAGCCCGAACUUUGGAGGCUUUGGAGAAAGAGGAUACUCUCACUGAAUUCGUGUCAACUGCAAAAGCCGUAUUCUCAACUCUUGUUGAGAAGCAUUUCCCGGCUCCUGAUCGUAACAGGAUCGCUCGUUUGCUUGGCAUAACUACGAAGAAAAACGAGCCGGAAGCAUCCGGUUCUGGAUCAGGAAAGCCCAGACGAGCCGCAGCUCAAGCAACGCAACGGAACAAACGCAAGAGGAUGAAGAUUGAGUCUGAUGAUGAUGACUCUUCUUCGGCUCAUUCUGACAACAGCGACGAUUCGGAUUUCGAAAUGCACGAUGACGCCUCUGACAAACAUGGUUCCGACGUGGAGAACGAUGCCGAAGAGGAUGAAGAAGAAUCUGAGGAUUCCGUUGAAAUGAUUUCCGAUGACGACGAUGAUGGAGGUACAAAUAAUUACGGAAGAAAGAAAAUGCCGAAGAAACGGGGAAGACCGGGGAAAAAUGGCAUCAACAGCGGAGUUCAUAAAAGCGCACCUUCGUCUGCCGCCGUCAAUCGUGCGUGUGAAAUCAAGGAUGAGCUUUUGAAAAAAGUUGAUGCGUUGGCGGGACGUUUACCACCAAACACUCUCGACCAGCUUAUUGACGAACUCGGAGGACCGGAAAACGUAGCUGAGAUGACUGGUAGGAAAGGCAGAAUGGUGACGGAAGGAACGGGCGUUCGAUACGAGCAUCGUGCAGCCGACGAGGAAGUUCCCUUGGAGCAGCUGAAUCUGAAAGAGAAGGAAAGGUUCAUGAACGGCGAUAAAGAUGUUGCCAUUAUCUCUGAAGCUGCUUCUUCUGGCAUUUCGCUACAAAGCGACCGACGUGUCAAAAACCAGCGACGACGGGUUCAUAUUACACUUGAACUCCCAUGGAGUGCCGACAGAGCUAUUCAGCAAUUCGGGAGAACUCACCGCAGUAAUCAAGCAAAUGCUCCCGAGUAUAUUUUCUUGAUUUCGGAAUUGGCCGGUGAGCGAAGAUUUGCGUCUGUAGUUGCGAAGCGACUGGAAAGUUUAGGCGCGCUGACGCACGGUGAUCGGAGAGCGACUGAGUCGCGCGACUUAUCCCAGUUCAAUAUUGAUAACAAAUAUGGGCGACAGGCUUUGGAAACCGUCAUGAGGACAGUCAUGGGUCAGCAGCUGGGUCUAGUGAAAGAGCCCUACCUAGGAUUCUUGAAAGAUGUGCAAGCCGGUUUGAUAGGAGUAGGAAUGAUCACAAGCGAAUACGGAGUACCAGUCAUGGAGAAAGAUUGCACGAACAUGUCCAAGUUUUUGAAUAGAAUUCUCGGGCUCCCUGUGAAGCUACAAAACGAUUUGUUCCAGUAUUUUAUGGAUACCUUGAAGGCCCAUAUUGAUCAUGCGAAGAAAGCUGGACGCUACGACCUCGGCAUUCUUGGUAAUUACAGUUCGGAUUUGAUAAUUUAUUUUUUGUUCAAGGAUUUCAGCUGUUGGGACUGUUUGAGGUAUUCAUUUAUGGUUUUUGUAGAUCUUGGUGGUUCGGAAGACCGGCUGAAAGUCCUGAAUGUGGACAAGUGGAUGAUAAAACACGGAACUGGGACAGCUUCGGUUCUCCUCCAUAAAGUGCAGGUUGAAAGAGGAAUGAGUUGGGAAGAAGCGAAGCGAAAAGCGGCUGACUUGGAUAACUCAGUCGAAGGCUUUUACCUCACCAGAGAUUUGAGGCAAGGGAAGAAAUGGGCGAUUUUGAUUGUGGAUUCCUCGCUGUCUAUACCUGGGAAGAAAGAUGCUGGGGAUCGGAGUUACAUAGUGUAUAAACCGAACUUGGGACGUCAGCCGCGAACGCAACCGCUCAGCGAAUUGACCACGACUUACAAGAAGUGCACUGACUUGGGCAAAGUUCAGGAGGCUUGGGAGCAGCAGUUCGAUUCAUCCGCAACAAUGUGCUCACAUCUCUGCAUGACUGGGACAUGCAAGCGUUCCAUGCUUUCCCCAGGAUCGUGUGACAUCGGGCUUCGAACAAGGGUAUAUCACAUUUUAAGUGGUGCCGUGCUCAACAUUUGGCACCAUUUGGAGAACGUCAUGCGGGCUCAUCACUUGCGAGAGCAGCGUAUGCAAGUUGUCCGACUCAAGUUGGACGAAAGCACAAAAAUAAUCGGUUCAAUUAUUCCGAAUGCUGCGGUCGUGAGCCUCAAAAACGUCAUGACCACAGAAGGGGCUGUAAAUGAGAGCAAACUCGAAGAGGAAGACGAGGACGUGAAAGAUGAAGAACCCGAGAUUGAGGAGGUAAAACUUGUCCCCAAGCUGAAAAUAUCCACGCGAAUCAUCGCUUCGGAACCGGUGAAGAAAAAGCCUGUUGGUAGAAAGCGUGGAAGGAAAGUGUCAUCGUCAGAGGAAGAAGAAAAAUCUGAGGAAGAAGACUCCGAAGAAGAUUCGGAUUAGGAUCCGUUGUGAAUAGAAAAUUCGUCUGUAAGCGAUGUUUUUCUUUUCGAGGUAUUUUUAAUUCGAGACAAACUUCCGCUCGCGCGGGGAAGGACUUUUAACUUGAGAUAUUUGGAUUUUUGUUAGACUUUCGCAGAAAAUUUUCGUUCCUUAGCAUGGUUUGGUACAAACUGCUAGCUUUUUCUUGAAUCGAAGAUGUAGACUUUCGAGAGGAGAUUCGAGCAAAAUGUUUUGUUCUCUGUUGAAGCCGUAAGCUUUAAUUCCUCGUUGCAUGGUGAAUGUGGAAUAAAAGAGGUAAGCGUUCUACCUGUACGUUACUCGAUGUAACAGCGGAUGUGUUUUUUGAAUAAAUGUUGAACAAAAUUUUGAAAAAAA